CCACAAACUAUUCCCCCAGGGGUAUGUUCUGUGCUUCUAACCUAUCGUCAGUUCACGCCUAACCUAGCUAAUAAAAUAAUUUUAAAUGAAAAAAUGAUUAAAUUAAAGCAGUGUUUGUCCUUAGGCUCAAACUGCUUGAAACACAGCUACAGGCGGCGCGUGCCGCAAACUAGGGCUUUUUCAUCACAAAAAGGGGAUAUUGAUUGCGAUGAUGCCCCAAUAAAAUACUCGACCAGCAAGGCAAAAGACUGGAAAGCCAAAGUGUCCCGAGCAGGCGUCGAGGAUUCGAGACUGUGGUAUGAGCCCUACGUAAUUCUGGCCAGCCUUGCAGUUUUUCUCUUGUACUUUUGCGUGAUACGCGAAGAGAAUGACGUUGACAAAGAGUUGGAUCGGUCUUUGUACUCUAGAAUAGAAGGUUUAGAGGAAGUACAGCUAAGAAUGACACUGAAAUAUAAUAUAGAUAAUGGUCUUGCAACAAAAGACAUCGUCAAGAGGCUGAAUGAGAUUGAAAAAGAAAAAGCAAGGAUAUAGUGAGAUGAAUGCCAAUAGAUUACUGUAGUAAUA